AUGCCGGCCCCUUACCCAAAAGCAUGUAUAAGCUGCGCAAGAUCGAAGCGACGAUGUGACAUGGCUUCCCCUCGCUGCUACCGUUGCAAAGUUCGCUCUCUCGAGUGCCAAUAUCAAAAUGCCUCGCCUUUUUCUCGACCGACAAAUACAUUGCCCAGACCAGAGCAAGAAACGCUCACCAACCCCGCUGCUUUCGAUGAGCGGUCCGUCAGUGAUUUUCUCCGCUGUAAUAUGGCGGAUGACGUUGGACUCAUUUUUGAAGAUCCCCCAAUGGAUAUUUCCCUCCCAUCAUUCCCCGACUACAAUCUUGACUGGCAGGAUGUUAUGGAAAACAUUCAAGAUUUUGCCAUCCCUGAUCAAUUAAAGGUGAAUGACUCUCCCAGUAGAAGUGUGCUGGCAGGAGAAAUCUUUCAAGCCCGCAUCGUCUACUCUGUCAAACGAUUGAAGGCCUUCCCAAACGCUUUCGUGUCAGAAGGCAAAACGGCUUUCAUACACCAAGGCCUGUAUGAAUCUUACAUCCCUCAGCCAAUCCAGGAUAUUCUGGGAGUCUGUGCCCUUUAUGGCGGUAAAACCGUGGCGAAUCAAGGCCUGGUAUAUCGCAUUAUCACUCAACUGGCGGAUCGACUCAUGGUCGAUUAUGCACAUUCCUCUGCAGUCGAUCAGCUAGCCUCAGUGCAAGCCAUGGCCCUAUUACAGAUCAUCCGGCUGUUUGAUGGAGAUAUCCGCCAACGAGCUGAUGCGGAAAGAACAGAGCCUCAUUUCGUCGAGUUGAUACGCCAGCUGCAACAUCGAUCGCAGCAACUUGAGGGAACUGAGGGCAAUACCACGUGUCCGAUUUCGAGCGAAGCAACGGAAUCGUGGCAGAGUUGGUUAUUCGCUGAGAGUCUUCGACGAACUAUCAUUGUGGGAUAUACCUUGCAGGGACUCUACUGCUUCCUCAAGAAUGGAUGGGAUGACUCGCACCAUGAGUUCGGGAAUCUAUCUUUUUUUGCGCAAAAAGGUCUUUGGGCUGCUAAUUCUGAAUUCCAGUGGCAAUCAGCCCUCAAAAAUCACCAGCCGCUCCCAGUUCGAUUUAACAGUUGGGAUGAUGAUAUCUCAAAUGCCAAGCCGACAGAUAUUGAUGAUCUCGGUAUGACAAUGAUGGUUUUACUUAAAGGCGUAGAUCACUGCUCCCGUUAUGCUGGUGAUGAUUAUGUGGAAACGUUUAGUCUAGUCUCAUGA